AAAACAUACAAAGAAGAAAUCGCGACGACGUCGAAGGUGUGUGAAAACCUCCGUAAGAAAAAAGAACAGUAAAACGGGUCGGUCGGAUUGUUCGAUAGAUACGGAAGGGAUGAAAAAAUGUUUUAAUUGAACGGGUCCUCUCAAUCUUUUGCCUUAGUGCAUUAGUUAUCCUAUUAUAAUCCUUAAAAAACAAGUGUUGGAUUAAGGUGAAUCGCGAAGUUGAUCCAGAAAUUUGUUUUUUUUUCUAUAUAUUUGUGGCUGCUGCUAAGUGAAAACGCUAAGAAAACUUCCAAUCCUUUCCCCUACCCUAAUCGUUACUUGUAUUUUUGUGUGCAUCAUCAGCAUCAACGAAUUGAUCUUGAGAGCAGUGCUAGCAUUUUUAUCGUAGGAUAUCCAAAUAUUCCGAAAACUGUAAAGUGAUUCUGUGUGGUCCGGUGGCAGUGCGUCAGCGGAAUCCUGCUGUUUCGCUAGAGCUUUGAGAAGCUUCCAAGGGUCAGAUUGCCUUAUCAGGCAUCUUAGGCUUAGUAUAAUAAAUUACUCAACCUCGGCAAUCUAGUAGUGCUUUACAGAAAUCAUGGAGAUUCUUGCGGUAUCACAAGUAAAUGGAUUAACUACGCCCCGAAAGAAGGAUAUCGAUCCGAAGGAAAACCUUUGGUCGGCAAUUCUUAGUGAAGUACAAACACAGAGCAGCACCAAACUUCCCUCGAAUAAAUCCGUGCUCGUACUGGGCGACAAUGCCAGCGGUAAGACGACACUAAUCGCAAAACUGCAGGGCGUGGAAGAUCCCAAAAAGGGUUCCGGCCUGGAGUAUGCAUAUAUCGAUGUACGGGACGAGUACAGAGACGAUGUAACCCGCCUAGGAGUGUGGAUAUUGGACGGCGAUCCUGGCCAUAACAAUCUGCUCAAAUAUGCACUAAAUGAGCUGAACUACGCACACACAUUGGUCAUUCUGACGCUAUCGAUGACGACACCGUGGAGCUGGGUGGAUCAGCUCCAACACUGGAUCAAAAUACUGGAUGAUCACAUAGCGGGACUGAAAAUCGAGCCCGAGGAAAAGCAGCAAUGCCGUCAACGGUUGGUCACUGUAUGGCAGAGUUACUGCGACACAAUCGACGAGUUGGAGCCGGGCUCGCCUAUCAAGCGCACCAAUCGUCUCUCUUCGGUUGACGACGAUCUGGAUGCGCUGCCGCUUCCAGAAGGUGUACUAACGACCAAUUUGGGCUUAGAUGUAGUUGUUGUUGUAACGAAAACCGACUACAUGACCACACUGGAGAAGGAGCUCGACUACCGAGAUGAGCACUUUGACUUUAUGCAACAGUGGAUUCGUCGGUUCUGUUUGAUUUACGGUGCGUCGCUAUUCUACACAAGCGUAAAAGAAGACAAAAAUUGCGACUUGCUGUACAAAUAUCUAACGCAUCGAAUCUACGGGUUACCAUUUCGCACACCUGCACUUAUUGUGGAAAAAGACGCUGUGCUAAUACCCGCUGGUUGGGACAACAUGAAAAAGAUUAACAUAUUGUACGAAAAUAUGCAGUCAUGCAAGCCAGAUGAUUACUACAAUGAUAUUAUAGCACAACCGCCUUCCAGAAAGACUGUUUCCAAUCGAGAAGUUGAGGUUCAAACCGAAGAAGAGCAGGCUUUCCUCACCCGGCAGUUGAUGCUUCUGCAGCAAGGUCAAACGCCGACCCGGGGGGAAUCACCGAUGCGGUCGCAGGGCAGUGCAGGCAAAACAACCCCAAGGACACCGGGUUCGGCGGGUGCACAGGGUUCACCCAAAAAGGUCGACGGCAAACUCAAUCCCGGCACACCGAGCGGCGAAGGAGUUCUGGCGAAUUUCUUCAACUCGUUGUUGCAUAAAAAAUCCGGGUCGCCAUCCGGUGCCAGUUUACCAGGGGCUACCUCAUCACCGAGGACUACCAAUGGGGGUGACCUAGUAUCGACAAGCGAUAAAAUUUCCAUGCGAACCGAUGCUGCCAUGGAGCUGGAUCGUCUGACACGUAGCGUCAAAAAGGAUCUGGACUUUUCGGCUCAAUCUGACUGUUAGGUCCGAAGUCCGCACGCGCUGGUGAGCAUUUGAAAGAGACAAGUUGAAAAUUCUAAAGACCAGAAUUUACACGUUGUGUGAUAUGGCUUCAAAGCACUAUACUUUGUGUUGCGAUGUUUUGUAUGUGUGGUGAGAUUGUGCGCUUCUACGCUAGGCAGGGAUCGACAGAGCUGGAGUGCGUGUAUGCGAAAUAAGAACGAUGGUUUCGACCAUUGUUCGCCGAAGGCAAACAUGGGAAAACUUAUUGAACCACUUUUAAUAGUUAGUGCGAGUACGAGAAAGUAGAAAUGUUAAGUCGAAUAGAAGAGAGGUUCAAUAAAAAGUAUAUUUGAAAUGCUCUUUCUGCUCACGAUAUUGGUGCUGCUUAUAGAUUUUUACAAACCGUUACGAUCCCCAAACCGAACAAUUUCGCAUUUUGCAUUAUAAAAUUUCAAGUUCAUGUAAAAUGUACUAACAUUUUGGAUAGAAUAUUUGCAGUUCUAAGACGGACACAUGCAAAUUGAGCUUUCGUUGUUCACUUUUACGCACACAUUGCACUUACACUACCGGAAUAAUUUUUUCGCGAAGGCACCAAUUCUUGAGGGAGGAAGGGACAUAGUUGCCCUCUAAUGCUUAACGUAAGUGAGAGGAAAGUAAAACAUUACUAUUAAUUAAAUUAACUUAUAUCAAAUUGAAGAUAAUUUGCAGCUUAGCGAAGAUGAGAAAAGAGGUAACCUAACUUAUACACAUUUACCUAUUGCAAUUCCUUAAUAGAAGCAGACAAAAAAAACGAAACCAACUGACUACCGUAAGAGCAAAAGAUCAGAUAUGUAGUCUUAUUUCUGUAUUUUUUCCGCUUUCCCCAGUAUUAUUGGGGAGAACGGUUCAGAGAACAAAAACACAUCGAAACUACGUUUUUGUAAUACGUUUUAUUCUCAUUUAAAGUUCAUGCAUCAAUAUUCGAUCCGGUUUUAAGUACAACUAGCAAAAAAAAAUCGUGCAAACUAGAAACGUACUCAAAUAUUUUAACAAUGUUCGCUUGAACUUAGUGAAGCAUAGUUAUUUUUUUUGCAAAUUCGAUUUACAGUACAUUACUGCAAAGAUGGUAUCGAGUGUGGGAAACCAUAUUACAAAUUGCUGCACUCCAUCAUGUUACAGAGUAGCCCGUCUUUCAGCAUGCAUUACUUGGUUUCGUAACGUAGUAAGUGAAGUAGCAAUUCCGUUUUAUACUCUUUAGAAAAAGAAAAAAACUGUUUCCUCAUUCUUUACGUUAUGUUGAAAAUAAAAUUUAAAUGCAGUUUACAACAGCUAAUUUAUAUAAAUAAUCCUUUACAUAUGUAGACAUUUAUCAAGAACCAACAUUGAAAUGAGAACAAAAUAAUAGUCACGCAGUAAAUAAAACAAAACAAAAAUGAUAUUCUCGUAGCUAAUCUGUAACUAUACUGACUUCUAGCAGAGAAACAAAAUUUGGAAAAAUUAAUCAGUAUAACUGUAAGUAUAAUGAGAAUGAAUUAUUGCAAAAAAGGAGUUUCCCGUA